AUGCUUCGCUAUACUGGUGCUCGCGCUAUAAGAAAGUACUCUACUAGGUAUGCACUCGAGCACCUGAAAGAAGGUACUCCUCUGAAAGGGCUGUUUUCUAUUGACGGAUUACAAAAAGCAUGGUUUGAUCGAGUGAAAUGUCUCGAUGCAAAAUUGAACGAUUGUACAAAUGAGGCGCAACAAAAACCCUUGGAAACUCUCAUCCAUGAAAACUCGAAAUCUGCUUCCAAGAAGCAUAUUGUGAACUACGCAUCAUCAUUAUACAACUUGAGAUUCAGCAUGUCAUCUCUUCAGGGGUGUACCAGGACACCACCAGAGGAAUGCCCCAAGCUUGGUCCAGAAGCGUUACUCCAAACCCCGGAUUUCAAUAGAACAAUAAGCAAUGAACCAUUGACCACUGGCAAUGAACGUUUGCAGGCGGCUUUAGUCUCCUCAUUUGGCUCCCUGAUGGAAUUUAGAACUUUAUUAAUAAACUCAAAUCUUGCUCUACCAGGUGACGGGUUUACGUGGUUAGUAGCCAGACGGCAGCUCGAUAAACGUUCCACCCGCAGCGAUAUGCCGAACAGGGACAUUGAAUACGAUAAACUAUUUAUUUUGAAUACUUAUAAUGCGGGAACUCCUUUUAACUUUUCCACCUCUGGCGUGAUGAAUGAGCUCAAUAAUCAAUAUAUUAACAUGGAAAAACAACGAGCCAAAGAAGCAGGUACUUUUGAUGAUUCUGAAAUGACUGCCAAGCAAGCCAAGACUAAAUUUAUUUAUGAAACUCAACAGAAGGGGUUUUCGGGGAAAGAGGUUUCAUAUAUCCCGCUUUUAGCCAUUGAUGCGUCACCCAAAACAUGGUUAACUGAUUAUGGUGUAUUCGGUAAACGAGAAUAUUUGGAAAGGGUGUGGGACUCUAUAGAAUGGAGAACUGUAGAAUCAAGGCUACCUCAACGCACUAAAAUCCAAGCAUUCAACACGUUGUGA